UUUUGACCAGUUGUACUUCCCCCCUUCUACUCAGCAAAGGUGAAAGUACUCGGUGCUCCAACAGUUCCGUCAGCUCAGCGGUACAGAUCGGUGAAAUUUGGGAAAUAGACAGUCUUCUCUAGCUGCCUCUUCUCAAGGUCAGGAAACAUCUCAAGAAAUGUUACAAAUUUUAGGCGUCAACGUAGACCUCUACGAUCCCAUUUUUCAGGCGGUCUUGAUCUUAGCAUUAUUAUCCUUCCUCGUUGCCUGCUCACUCCUGAAAUUCUUCGCUUACUUAACCUGUGGAUUCUAUAGAGGACCGGAAGACAUGAAUGGAAAAGUGGUAAUCAUCACUGGAGCCAAUGGAGGAAUUGGUUACGAGACAUCAAAGGAACUUGCAAGGAGAGGAGCUACAGUUAUAAUGGCCUGUCGAAAUUUGGCAACGGCCAGCAAAGCCAGAGAUGACAUUGUAAGGCUGACCAAAAACGAUAAAGUAUCGGUAAAAAAGUUGGACUUAUCGUCGCAAAGUUCUAUACGUGAAUUUGCGGCCGACAUCAACAAAACAUGCAGCCGUUUGGACGUUCUGAUUCACAAUGCUGGUACAGCAGAAUGGAACCUGAGCAAGACCCAAGACAACGUAGAAACUACCAUGGCAACCAAUCAUUUUGGACCGUUCCUGCUGACACACUUAUUAAUAGAUCUGUUGAAGAAGUCUGAACCCAGCAGGAUAGUGGUGGUGGCUUCGGAACUGUACAGGUUGGCAUCCCUGAAUUUGGACAACAUAAAUCCUACCUCAAGCAUGUUCCCAGCCUAUCUUUAUUACGUAUCCAAAUAUGCCAACAUCGUAUUUACGAUGGAACUGGCUAAACGUCUGGAAUUGACUGGAGUUACUGCCAACUGCUUGCAUCCAGGACUUAUUGACAGUGGAAUUUGGAGGAAUGUUGCCCCACCCCUGAGUUGGGGGUUGAGACUGAUCAUAUGGGCAUUCUUCAAGACUCCCGAGCAGGGUUGCCAAACUACCGUGUUUUGCGCUGUAUCUGAAGAACUGGAAGGAGUCACUGGUAGAUAUUUCAUGGAUUGUGCAGAAAGAGGCGUUAGCAGUGGAUGCAAGAGCGAAGACAAAGCCAAAAAGUUGUGGGAACUUUCCGAAUCUUUAGCAGGUCUCAAGCCAACAGAUCCCAAAAUUUGAGUUUAAGGCAUACGUGUUUGAAAGUUUAUCACGCGCAGAAAAAAACAGAAGAAUUUAUUAAGGUUUUAUUUAUAACCUAUAAUAGGCCUAUUCUCUUGUUGAAUUUUAUUUUGAAGCAAAGUGUUACUUGUUUUUAAUAAACGUUAUUAUAUUA